AGCAUGUUAGCUCUCUGUUCCUGAAGUCUGAACCUUUCGAUCUAACUCAUUUUUUCUGUGCACCAGCAGGGCAAUUAAAUCAUUGCCGGACUUAAAAUCAAUUAGAGGUAAAUUUGAUCAAUCUGCAGCUGAUUACAGUCUUAACUAAUCCAAAGAACUCUAACCACUGCUCAAACUGUUUAUCGACCAAAGGGAAUCAUGUAUUCCAGGCGACGAGGGGGAAACCUGGGACUCUUUCUACUCCUGAGCCAGCUAUUCCAUGUGGGAUUUGAAAAUAUCCCACCGGUCACACUGAUGACGAUGGCACUGAAUAUCUUUCUAUAUUUAUCACCGAUUCAGCCAUUAAUGAAUGUUUGCAUCAACGUGCAAGAAACGUGGAACAGAAAUGACUGGAAACGGCUUUUCUUUUCACCAUUUCACCAUGCCGACGACUGGCACCUAUAUUUCAACAUGGUGUCAAUGCUAUACAAAGGAAUUCGACUGGAGCAAAGGAUUGGCAGCAACUGGUUUGCCUUCAUGCUGUCGGUGUUCUCAGUGAUGACUGGAAUUAUCUACUUACUGCUGGAAACAAUCCUAGCAGAACUGAUGGAGGACCAGUCCUAUAAAAUGCAAUGUGCAGUUGGUUUCUCAGGCGUUUUGUUUGCUCUGAAAGUUGUGAACGGCUAUUACAACCCAGGUGGACUCACCUAUGUGAUGGGCAUCCCAGUGUGGGAGCAGUAUGCAUGUUGGGCUGAGUUGGUUGCGAUUCAUCUGAUUGCCCCAGGGUCAUCUUUUGUUGGCCAUCUUUCCGGUAUCAUUGUUGGGCUAAUAUACAUCAACGGACCCUUGAAGCAAUUGAUGCAAAUUUGCGCUGAUGUAGUUUCAUCAAGUAGCUUUCCAAGGCAACAAACAAGAUUCAAUAACCAAGGUUCUUCUGGGUACCUUGCUUCUAGAAAUGAUGCCGCAUCUAACACAGAGAGGCAUGAUUAUACAGGAGGAAUGACCGAAGAGGAACAAUUGGACGAAGCAAUUCGGGCAAGCUUAGAUGAUGACAGGACCGAUAGUAAUAGCAGAAGAUCAUACGGCGUUGGGAAUCCACAACAUCUGAAUGAAGAGGAAAUAAGGCAGCGAAGACUAAACAGAUUUGCCUAAUGAUUAUCAACACUCAUUCCUCACUGUCAUCUUCUAUUAUGCCUUUUCUACAUGCAUAUUGUUACUGUCUUACAGUAUUUAUAUGAAAUGUUUGUUUUUGCAUUCAGGGAUACAAAUAUAUUUUAUUGUUAUAAACUCUUGUUUUUUACAAUACAUAACCGAACUACAGCUGGGAUGAAAACCAUUUUGUGCCACAAAUGAAGUAUGUUUACUAUUGCAUUGUGGAUGAGUUCAACACUUAAAGCUAAUUGCUGGGUUAACUAGUAAUGUGAGAAACAGUUGCAUUUCGACAACUAGAUGCUGCAAAGAUACAAUUAAAUGCUGCAGUGGAAGGGGAAAAUUGUAUGAUAUUUCUAGUUUGGGGAGUGCUUUGGGAAAGGGUUGUGGUGAGAUGAACUGCUAUGGUCUUCCUUAUCUAUAACCAUGAUAUUAGUGGCAUUAUAAUGUUUGAAGAUGCCAUGGCUUCCAAUAGAAGAGAAGCCACAUUCAGAGGGAAUGACUGAGACAGUUAGACCAAUGUAAGUGAUUUUCAGACUAGGCUCUCCACUUGCAACAUAAGAUCAUGGGCCUUGCUGUUGGUUGCACCCAAACUGGAGAAUAAUGAAAUAAAAAAUUGCAUUCAGCACAUUUAACUCAAUUUCUAAGAUCCUUUAUGUACAGAAAAUAUAUGCAGGAAUACACAUUUGUUUUUGGAGGGAUUCAUUAAACACACAUGUACCUGCUAUUAAUGAUUACUUGGGGGUUUGUGCUCUGAACAUGCUCUGAAAACAGAGAUCAUGUAGUCCUGUGUUCCAUUGUACAUGGAAUUACAGGGGAAUGUAUCUGAAAGGAAACAAACAUGAUAUUUCGGCAAGGAAACAAAACAAAUAUUUUUUGAUUAAAUAUUCAUUUUUCUUUAUUUUGGAUUCAGAUGUUGUUUCAUUGCAUGCAAUCUGAUCAACUUAGAUCUUGGUUUGUAGAAACAAUCCAACCUGUAAUAGAAUCUGAGUAGCUAAUUGAAUAGGACAAAUGAAUUAGAUCCAUAUCUUCCACUAAAAGGUAAGCCCAAAGAAACCUGUUUCAUUGUGAACAUCUGUCUGCUGUAGUUCGUACUGUUUAAAGUGCACUGUGUGUCACUCAGACUUGAUCUUGACAAUAUUACGAGUCAAGAGUGUUUUAUUAUCAUAUGCACAAGAACAGAACAAUUAAAUUCUUACAACUCAGUAUUUAAAUCAUUUUCUUACAUUUAUUAUAUCUUACAAAAGGAAAUAUUCUGCUUUUUCUGGAGGAAAAGACUACAGUGUACAAAGAUAUCUAAUUUUAAUCACAAUUUAUGGGUAUUAGGAAAAGUGAGGAUUAUUGCACUGCAAUUGAGUAAAUCCAUUAGUGGAAUUUAUCUAAGCAAGCAAUUUAGUGCCUGGAUUAAAAUUGUUCUUAGUCAGAUAAAUGUAAAACUGAACUUGGGUAUAAUUGUACAAAUGAUAUCAGUGUAUCACCAUGAUCCAUUACGUGUCAGUAUAAAGACAUUUGUUAAAUCAAAAGUGAAAUUGUGCAUUUCAUAUCAGAUGGUUAUGAUUAUAGAAUGGGUGGAGAUAAAUAGAAUCUGUUUGAUUGGCCAUAUUGUACUUGAAAAUAAUGGUAAAAAUUUGUUCAUAAAUGCCAAUUAUCCCUUAUAUGCCUGUUACGUUUGAUCGAUUUGUUUAAUAUCCAACCAAAAAACCCUCUUUGCCAUUUUCUUCUUGCUAUUCCUCCUUCAAGCCAACAUUUUGGUUCCAAAUUGCAAAUCAUAAGCUUUAGAUCUAGUUGCAAUUGGAAGAAACCAAUUGAUUUUAUUUUUCAAAGCAGCCUUUCAUGUGGAUAGAAAAGUUAUUUCAUUAUCUUUUUCAUGUUAAAUGAUGUGUGCCUUAUGAAUGUUUUUUUUAUUACACUUGCAUUCAAUAAACACGAUUUGUAUUAAAUGGGGCGACUUUUAAAUGUAGGUCAGGGGAAAGGAUAUGAAUGUAAAUGGUCCUAGCUUAAUUGGUGCUGGAACGCAAAAGUCAGAGUGUUUCCUCCUUUGACCACAUCUGAGCAGUAAAAUUACAGAGGUAUUGCCAACUUUCCACAUUUAGAAAUGUCUUUCCAAUUUGCUAUAAUUGGAUCCUAGAGUCUUAAAGUGAGUUUGUAAUCCAACUAACCUUUUAUAAACUCUUGGUUUUUGUAUUGGAAGGAAGAAAAAUAAAAUAAUGUUGCUCUUCUUGGAA